UUUGAAAUCUCUGAGGCUUUAGUUUUUUGGAAGUUACUUGAUGAGCAGCUGCUCUUUUUAGCAUCUUUUUUUUUGCUGAUUCUGCAGGCAAAAGGCUAUUGAAAUUUAUAUAUCUACCUUUAUAACUUCCUUCUAUUUAAAAAGUGAACCAACUUUUCAAGUCCAGACCAAAACUUCUUCAAUCAUGAAAAUAGAAACUAGUAUGGCACAAUCACCUAUUGGAAAUUCAACAAGGCGCAGCGACGAUUGCGAUUUUAACCUUAGAGAAUGGACUCUUAAGGCCAAAAUUAGCAGAGAAAACACAAAUUCAAGAAGAUUUUCAGCUUCUUAUAUUAGAAGUUUUAGAGAAGAUGCAAAAUCUUUUAGAUCAAACAUUUCCAUUUCUAGUACUGCUUCUUCCCCUGGCUACAUCACCUUAAGAGAUGAAAUUGAUCCAUCAACUUAUUCUUUUACCACUGCCCUUAAAGCAUUGCAGGCAAAAACAACAUAUAGUUGGGAAUACAUGUCACCAGAUGGAUUGGCUUUAAACUCGAAAUGGAAUGAAGCUGAGAAAUAUAUAUGCAAUCCUUUAUCAGGGGAAGUUCCAUUAGAAUGUUUGUCAGCAAAAACACUAAGUGGAAGAUCGUUUCGACAAUUAACGAAUAAAAUCACCAUGUCUGCACCUUUGAUUUAUCCUUCACAAUAUCAGACUAGAGCUAGACAAUUCUGUCCAAAACCUCCUACAAAACAUGAAUUACAAAUCCAAAUUCCAACCAAAGAGAAAGUAAGCAUUACAAGAGAUGUGGGAACACAGAGUAGUACUCCAGUUAAUUACUUAAGUUCAAAGAGUCCAAGUCCUGCUCGUACUCCAUCCAUUGAGGAAAGAUCAACAAAACGUUGUGUAGCUGAUGAUUCACCCAUGACUACUCCUGAAAUCAAAUCUCAGGAAAAGGUGGAAGUGAAAGAAACAAGAGGGAAAGAAGACACAAAAAGAAAUGAGGAACAGCUGGAACUGGAAGGUGAGAGAAAUAAUAAUAAUAAGCAGGAGCAGAAGAGUACUAAAUGCAGCAGGCAAGGAUGUUUGUCAAGAUUGUGCAUGAGACAAAAGCAGAAAGAGAAAAAACAUAGUAAAUCAAUAAAGAAGAAGAAGAACAUCUUUCUUUGCCAUGAUAUAAAUGGAUGCUAAAUCUUAUAUUGUUUAAUAUAUUUCUCUCUUCUUUCUUAGAAGAUAGUACAACAAAAUCUAGCUAUAUAUGAGAGAAAUUUAACUGCAAUCAGAACUGAAUAUAUAUGUGUUCUAUAAUGAUUCUUUUGCGUUCUAGUUGUAGCUAUGUUAUAUAUAUAUAGUCCUUGUAACACUUUAUUCA